CAAAAACCUUAGCCUCUGGCGGCAGUUUUCUGCGGAUAGGUGGUCGUCCAAUGGUGCUACACAAACUCAAGAUGAUGUUCCGAAAUACCUUUAAUCCGUGGACUUGUCUCUCGAGAAAUAAAUCCGCCUGAGAUCGUGGGGAAAUCGAAGCUGGCUCAAUUCAUAUACGAAGUAGUAUUUCAAACUAUUGCUAGUCGAAUUCGUCUGUCCUGCAUCUUCAACACUCUAGUCCUUCUCCUCCCAUCUCUAUUGCUCUGAACCUUUGAAAUCCGGGCAGUGCACAUCAUGACUGAGCUUCCUGAGACUAAGGUUGAUGUCCUCAUCAUCGGAGCUGGCCCUGCUGGGCUGAUGUUGGCUCUCUGGUUAUCUAGACUCGGUGUCAAGACCCGCAUUGUCGAUAAAAGGACCGCCAAGGUCUACUCUGGGCAAGCCGACGGCUUCCAAGUGAGAUCCCUCGAAAUCCUAGACAGCUUCGGCGUCGCGGAGCGCGUAUGGAAAGAAGCAAACCGCAUGCUCGAGGUCAGCUUCUGGAACCCCGACGAGAAUGGCACAAUCCAACGCAGCGCCAAAUCAGUAAACACAAUCCCAGGCCUCUCCCGCUUCACCGAAUCCGUCCUGCACCAAGGCCGCAUCGAACAAUUCUUCAUAGACGGCAUCCGCGCCUCGUAUCCUUCAAACGAGACACCCUUGCAGGUCGAGCGCAUGGUCAUCCCGACAUCGCUCGAGAUCGACGAGGCCGCGGCCGAGGACCCGGACGCGCACCCUGUGACGGUGACGCUGCGGCACUUGACGGAGGAGGAGGCGACGCCGACGCAGAUGCUGAGUAAUCUUAGUGAUGGCAUCUUUAGGAGUAAUCUCGCCGAGGACGACGUCGCGGGGAUGUUGGAUAGGUCCAAGGGGCGGGAGGCGAGGGAUGAGGUGGUGAGGGCCAAGUAUGUUGUUGGCUGUGAUGGGGCGCAUUCGUGGACUAGGAAGACGCUGGGCAAGGAGUUUGAGAUGAAGGGGGAGAGCACUGAUGCCAUUUGGGGUGUGAUGGAUAUCGUCCCCAUUACCGACUUCCCCGAUAUCAGGUUCCGGACCAUGAUCCAGAACACAGCCGGCGCGCUGAUGAUCAUUCCUCGCGAGAACAGGAUGGUCCGUCUCUACAUCCAGCUCAAGGAGGUCUCGGCCGGCGGCGGCCGCGUCGACAGGUCGCAGAUCACACCGGAGUUCAUCUUCAAGUCUGCGCAGAGAAUCUUCAGCCCAUACAAGUUGGAGUACCACUACUGCGACUGGUGGACGGCCUACCAAAUCGGUCAAAGGACGGGCGACCACUUUAGCAAACUCAACCGCGUCUUCCUCGCAGGAGACGCCGUGCACACGCACUCCCCGAAAGCAGGCCAGGGCAUGAACAUCUCGAUGCAAGACAGCUACAACCUCGGCUGGAAGAUCGGCCUCGCGUGCAAGAACAUCCUGCCGCGCGACGUCCUCUCCACGUACGAGCUCGAGCGCAAAAAGAUUGCAAAGGACCUCAUCGCCUUUGACGGCAAGUUCUCCAAGCUCUUCACGGGCGCGCCACCAAAGGAUAUCCAGACCGAGACGGGCGUGUCGGAUGAUGUGUUCCAGAAGGCGUUCCAUACGAGUCGAAUGUUCACAACCGGUGUAGGCGUAAACUACCAACCAACAGUCCUCGUCGCCAAAGAGGCAGAUACAGACCCAGACACCGACGACUUGCCCAACAUCCUCGUAAAGAGCGUCGCGAAAAGCACCCAAUCCCUCGCGACAAACUGCAAACUCGGCCAGCGCUUCCCGUCAUACAAGGUCAUCCGCCAAUCCGACGCCCGCCUCUGGGAACUGCACCACAAGCUCCCCUCCAACGGUCGCUUCCGUAUCGUAGUCUUUGGCGGCGACAUCUCCCGCCCCGCGCAGCGCGACACCGUCAACGCCCUCGGCGCGUGGCUAUCGAGCUACCUCCCCAAGCUGCCGACCAUCGCGCUCUGUCCCGCGUCGGAUCCGCACAGCGGCGAGAUCAAGUUCAAGACGGACGAGGACCCGAGUAUCGUUGACGUCGUGCUCGUGCACGCUGCGCCGCGGGACGAGAUUGAUCUGUUAAAGGACGUGCACGAGGCUUAUCAUCCGUUUGAUAGUAAGCUUGGAUGGGAUUACGACAAGGUAUUUGUUGAUGGAGAGACGUUUUAUGAGGAGCCUGAGAGGGCGUAUGAGAAGUAUGGGGUUGGUAAGGGCGAGGGUGCUGUUGUUGGGUUGCGACCGGAUGGCUAUGUUGGGCUUGUUACUUUUGUUGGUGGUGAUGGGGCCAAGCAGAUUCAGAAAUGGUUCGAUGGCAUCUUUCAGAGGUCAUGAGAAAGAUGGUUGGUAUCGUUUGUAAGUACAUAGAUUAGUUGAUGGGACGCGAGGACCGUGAAAAGGGGAUGUAGCUCUAGGAGACUCCUUUACGAUGUAUCUAGCUGAGAUGAAGCUGUUUGUUAUGAAUUCCUGGGAGCCCUGUGAUACACCUGAUUCGAGCAUCUUUGUCGAGAUUCGGCACACAUUUAUUUGUGGAAGCCAUCAUGAUGUUGAAUGAUUUCAUGAAUGUAUCUUUCGUUAGGCAAGACACGGUGCAAUACUUUCAAGGGGGUCGAUACGUUGAUAUUUACAGAUCCGGAGACGUGCAAUGUGCCAUCGUUCAAAACUUCAAUGAUCACUGAUGCGCAAAGUAUGAAAUUCGUAUUGGAUAAAU